CCUUCUACGCUUGGCAGCUCUUCCUGGCAGCAGGCAGCCAUCUUGCCUGGAGCUUGAGAGAGGGAGGAGACAGUAGGGAAGGGUGACGCCGGUCUCAGGGCCGCCCCGGGGGCCUUGCGAGCCGGAGAGCCGGAGGCAGCCCCUGAGGCGCCCGCGGGCGGACGCGGCGGAAGAGGAGGCCGGGUAAUGGCCGCGGUGUGGCAGCAGGUCUUAGCAGUAGACGCGAGGUACAACGCGUACCGCACACCAACGUUUCCACAGUUUCGGACACAGUAUAUCCGGCGGCGCAGCCAGCUACUGCGGGAGAAUGCCAAGGCUGGGCAUCCCCCAGCACUGCGGCGGCAGUACCUGAGGCUGCGUGGGCAGCUAUUGGGCCAGCGCUACGGGCCCCUCUCGGAGCCAGGCAGUGCUCGUGCCUAUAGCAACAGCAUCGUCCGCAGCAGCCGCACUACUCUCGACCGCAUGGAGGACUUCGAGGAUGAUCCUCGGGCCCUGGGGGCCCGUGGACACCGCCGUUCCGUCAGCCGAGGUUCCUACCAGCUGCAGGCACAGAUGAAUCGUGCCGUCUAUGAGGACAGGCCCCCUGGCAGUGUGGUCCCCACAUCAGCAGCAGAAGCAAGUCGAGCCAUGGCUGGGGACACAUCGCUGAGUGAGAACUACGCCUUUGCGGGCAUGUACCAUGUUUUUGACCAGCACGUGGACGAGGCAGUGCCAAGGGUGCGCUUCGCCAAUGACGACCGGCACCGCCUGGCCUGCUGUUCACUCGAUGGCAGCAUCUCCCUGUGUCAACUGGUGCCCGCUCCACCCACCGUGCUCCGUGUGCUGCGGGGCCACACCCGCGGUGUCUCCGAUUUUGCCUGGUCCCUCUCCAAUGACAUCCUCGUGUCCACCUCACUCGAUGCUACCAUGCGCAUCUGGGCCUCUGACGACGGCCGCUGCAUCCGGGAGAUCCCUGACCCCGAUGGCGCUGAACUCCUCUGCUGCACCUUCCAGCCGGUCAACAACAACCUCACUGUGGUGGGGAAUGCCAAGCAAAACCUGCAUGUCGUCAACAUCUCCACGGGCAAGAAGGUGAAGGGUGGUUCCAGCAAACUGACAGGCCGUGUCCUGGCCCUGUCCUUUGAUGCCCCUGGCCGGCUGCUCUGGGCAGGGGAUGACCGAGGCAGUGUUUUCUCCUUCCUCUUCGACAUGGCCACAGGGAAGCUGACCAAAGCCAAGCGCCUGGUGGUACAUGAGGGCAGCCCUGUGACGAGCAUCUCUGCCCGCUCCUGGGUCAGCCGCGAGGCCCGGGACCCCUCGCUGCUCAUAAAUGCUUGCCUCAACAAGCUGCUGCUCUACAGGGUGGUGGACAACGAGGGGACCCUGCAGCUGAAGAGGAGCUUCCCCAUUGAGCAGAGCUCACACCCUGUGCGCAGCAUCUUCUGCCCCCUCAUGUCCUUCCGCCAGGGCGCCUGUGUGGUGACGGGCAGCGAGGAUAUGUGCGUGCACUUCUUCGACGUGGAGCGGGCAGCCAAGGCUGCAGUGAACAAGCUGCAGGGCCACAGUGCCCCUGUGCUGGAUGUCAGCUUCAACUGCGACGAGAGCCUGCUGGCUUCCAGUGACGCCAGCGGCAUGGUCAUCGUCUGGCGGCGGGAGCAGAAGUAGGAGCCUCCUGGCCCUGCCAUGCCCACCUUCCCACCCAGCCCAUGCUCCAACCUUGUGUUUGUAAAUAAAGUUCCUGUGUUCAUGCCCA